AUGAAUUUAUUAUUCUCUUUUCCUACCUUGAAUUUUUUAUUACACAUUUUUAUGAACGUAUUCAACUGUUGCAAAGCGCAUUUUGUAGCUAGCAAACUUGCACCGAACAACAACAUAUUAAUAACGAACGCACAUGUUAAUAAACAUUUCAGUCCUGAAAAGAGAAUUCCACAAGUUGAGAAAAGUUUGGUAGGAUUCCCCCCCUACAAGUGGAUUAGGAACAAGAGGAAAUGUUUCCAUUACCUGAGAAUACAUGCCAUAAGGGGGGAAUCACAAUUUGGCAAAAAACUUAACCCAGUGUUACCUUCCAAAAGGACAAUAAUUUCCAAUGUGCGCAAUGUACAAGUUAGGGGGGAGAAGGAUAUGCAUAAUGGUCAUGGGGUGAGCACCGAUACUGAUAUAGGGAGUGAUAAAAAUGACCUUCACAGAAACGAUGGGACGAAAGAAAAGACGAAUGGUAACCAGAAGGAAUGCCUCAUAAACCCAGAAUUGUUAAAAAAUAUAAAAGAAAACGAAAAUGGACAUGACGCGGGUAACCUGUCCAGUGACACAGAAAAGGAAAAUUUCAAUUUCUUCGAACAUUUCACAUCGGAAAAUGAUAACUCCUUAGUUAGUAAUUUAAAACCAGAAGAAAGCAAAGAACUUAUAGAUAGCGAUUAUUUUAAAAAGAUGAUGGACGAUUUGAACUUAAAAGAAGAAGAAAUUAUGAAGCAGCUUAAAAGAAGCGAAAAGAAUGUUUCCAACUUGAUUAAUAAAAAUUUGUCUCUGGAGCAGAUUGAAAAAAAUGCGACAAAUGAAGAGGCACAAAAUGAAAAGCUCUUUGAUACCUACAUGAACAGCAACAGCUCCAAAGUUGGCAACUUUAUUAACUUUAAAAAAAUUGGGAAAAAAUAUAAAGACGUUAUUUCCCAUGUUAUAGCCAUUUUUUUAAGCAAAGGGAAAAAAUUUACAGAAAUGAUCAAACUGAUAGAAGAAGACAAAAACGAAAUUAAUAUGUGUGUCUCUCUUUUGGAAGAAAAUGAUCUUUUCAACAAUUUAAGUAAAGAUGUCUUAACCGAAAUUGUUAAGAAGUCCGUUUUACUGGGGCACUUGAAUGAAAAGUUUUCAAACGACGCAGAAAAUUUUGAGUGGAGUAAACAGAUUGAAAAUUGCAUUAUGCAGUCGGUAAGUAAUAUUGAUUUUAAAAUAAAACUUAUUACAUACUCGAAUAAUAGCAUUAGUGUGACUGUGGUCAGCUCCAAAAGUGUGCAUAUAGAUUCGGACGAGUACGACGAGAUUGAGGGUUCCAUAAAGAAUGCCCUGGAGGAGUAUGAACGGGCUAAUGGCCUGGACAUUUUCUCCUCCUUUAACAUCCUCUUGCACUUUAGUUGA